CUGAUUUGAGAAUUAUUUUUGAGGUUAUAACACCCUCAGCGUGUGCUCCCAACUGCUCCCAAGCCUCUGAAUCGGCAAAGUAAUUUCAAUCCUAUUUUUCUACGAUUAAUUUACGUCCUCGUCAUGGAGUGCGGUGACUUCUUGGAAUUUCAGGAUGCACUCCAGAAAAUGCGACAGAUAGAUGAUAAAAUAAUUUACCUGUUGAAUACAACAAUUCCUACGGAAUCGUUUAAGGCUCAGGUAGAUGCAACAGCGAGGUGCAAGGAUUUAUUUCAUCAGAUUCAGACGGGUCACUCGCAACGGGAGAUAGCUAUUAAAAAAUGUCUCAAUACAACGCGAGACAAAGUGAAGAAGUUGAAGGAUCAGAAGGAUAAUAAUCCUGAUGAUAUUUCCCUUCUGAAGACCCUUAGGAAGGAGCAGAACAAUCUCCGGAUGCUCGAGUCUGAAUUGAGUGUCGAGGAAGUCGUCAAGAGCCGCACGAGCAAAGUCUACCACGAGAAAUGUCGGGGGUUCUAUAAACCGAAUGAAUGAAACAUUUUGUUAUUCUAUUGUUUUUAGACAGACUUCGACUUGUUUUCGUGGAUUUUGUAGAAACGAGUUGGCCUGAUAGAUAAAUAGAAAAUAUUUCGUUUUGAUUCAGUGCAGAGGUGGUGAAAAACGAUAAGCCGAAUUUAACAUUUUUCAUAUCGAUUCAUCUCGUAACCCAUUGAUUCCAUGUGGAAACGUUAGAGACCUUUUUGGGAGCUGAUUUAAUUUCUGACAAAAAAGUCCUCUGAGGUUUUCUUCUGUGAAAUUAAGGGUGUCGGAGAGCAAUCCAUCUUUGAUGAGAUCGUAAAAUUCAAUUUGUCGAUUUUCCACUUUUUUAUUGAAUUAAACCUCAAGAUUCUUCCCCUGGGGAUAGUUGAUUACUUUUGCAGAUUUUUCCUGCAUUUGUCGACAAAACAUAGGAGGAAGGUGAAAUUCAUUGUUAUCAUAUGUUGUAAAUACAAACGGAUUUUUAAGGAA